AUGUUCUUUAUUAAAGAACUCACGCAUACGAUCAAUCUGCAUCCCUCCUUCUUCGGUCCAAGAACAGCUGCAUUCCUCGAAGAUAAGCUCAAUCGAGAUGUUGAAGGCACUUGCACGGGCCGGUUUGGGUACAUCAUUGCCGUCCUCAAGAUCCUGAGUACAUCUGCUGGUACCAUUCAACCUGGAACGGGCAUGGCCGAAUUUGUGAUGAGAUAUUCGGCGAUUGUAUUGAAGCCUUUCAAAGGAGAAGUCGUCGAUGGGAUCGUUGGCCAGGUAAACAAGAUGGGCUUUUUUGUUGAAGUCGGUCCACUACAAGCCUUCGUUUCGAGUCAUCUGAUCCCCUCAGACCUCAAGUUCGACCCCAACGCCAAUCCGCCCUGUUUUUCCUCGGAUGAAGAUCAAGCAACGAUUGAAAAGGGGACACGAAUCCGAUUGAAGAUUGUCGGAACACGUGUCGAUGCUACGGAAAUUUUUGCUAUCGGGACGAUUAAGGAGGACUAUCUUGGACCGAUUGAUUGA